AUGCCGUUCUGGGCUGGGAGUUUCGCGACUGGAGCUCCUGGCAGUGCCCGGGGCCGGCUCGGAGCCUCCCGGGCCGCUCCCGCUCCCUCGCCGCCGUUCCACGGCUCUGUGACGGUCCCGCCGCGGAACCGGGGCCGCCCUGUGACGUCACCCCCGGGCGGGGACCCCGGGGAGCGGCGGGCACCGGCGGGCCGGGGGCUCUGCCGCGGUCUCGCUGUCCCCAGCAUGGCUCCGCUCUGGCUCCUGGUCCUGCUGGCCGCGGCCGCCCCCGCCCGGGCCACCUGGGACUCCUGCGACGGUACCUGCGGUCUCCAGCCCAUGGCCGAGGAGUUCGGCGGCAGCUCCGGGGCCGUUCGCGGGGCCUGGCCGGGGCUGGCGAGCGUCCAGGACCCGCUGCGGGCCGGCAGCGGCCACGUGUGCGGCGGGAGCCUGAUCGCCCCGGGCUGGCUGCUCACGGCCGCCCGCUGCCUGCCCAGCCGGGGUGGGAACGUCAGCUCGUGGCGGGUGGUGCUGGGCGCCGCCGACCUGAGCGACCCCGGGCCCGAGGCGCAGGUGCGGCGGGUGCUGCGGGCGCGGCGGCACCCGGGGCUGGACGUGGCGCUGCUGCAGCUGCAGCCGCCCGCAGAGUGCAGCGACUUCGUGCAGCUGGGCUGCGUCAGCGAGGCCGCGCCGCCGCGGGGGCCGCAGCGCUGCUACAUCGCGGGCUGGGCCCGCCUGCAGGACACAGCCCCGCCCCGGGAGGUGCUGCGGGAGGCUCAGGUGCGGCUGCUCCCGCCCGAGCUCUGUGACGGCUCCGGGGCCGCGCCCUCCCCCCAGGUGUGCGCGGAGCACUCGCGGGGCGGCUCCGGCACCUGCCAGAGUGACCCCGGCGGGCCGCUCGUUUGCCGUUCCCGGGGCUCGGGGCCCUUCUGGCUCGUCGGGGUCUCCAGCGGCGGCCGCGGCUGCGUCUUCACCCCGGCCUGGCUCUUCAGCCGCUGGAUCCUGCAGCAGCUCGGGACCCCCGGGACCCCCGAGACCCCCGCGGCCCCCGGGACCGCCGCGAGCCCCGACAGCGCCGGCGGCACCGGCGGCACCGGCCAGGAGCCCGCGGGGCCGAGCUCGGUGCUGCUGCGGUUCUUCUCCGUGCUGCGGGAGCUGCUCCGCUUCCUGCGGGACAGCGCGGGCUGA